ACUCCAUAGAAAUGAUUGUCUGCGUUUUGGACUCGGCCAUGCCCCUUUCGCUCCUCCAAACCGUCCUCAGGAGACUUUAGUAUGAGUAUCAGUGAAGACCAUUCCAAAUAAAAGACAGCGUAGUUAUAGCAUUUAUGCGUAUUUAUAGCAACGCUUGCAUGAUGAGUGCAGCAUCUCGGCAGGAAUAUCAGAAGCUCCAGGUGGGCCAUCCAGGUUCUCAGGACAGCGACUAGAGGGGAGAUCAUACACGCUGGUGUCUGUGGGGAAGACGUAGGGCAAAGAAAGAAACAGAAUAAACGUGACCCAAAAACAACAACAACAACAACCCUGGUCUGGGAUUUUCAGGACACUUCCUGGAGCUGUGUUCACAGCAGAAGAUGAAACUGCGGAUGAACUUUUUCAUCCUCACCCUCCUGCUGCUGCUGCUGCUGGUGUACCAUCACAUACACAGGCCUUAUCAGAACCUGAAUCCACUUUCUAUAAACCUGCCCUCUUCCGAAGGAACCACACGAGAGCCAGGACCGUCGGAACAAGUCCAACAUACAGUUCUGCAAGGAGAACCAGCAUCUCUUGUGAGGGUCAGAGGCACAAAAACACUGCUGAUAUCUGCUUAUCUGGAGCACCAGACCAAUAAAAAGGAAGUGCGUGUGAUUUCUGUAGCGCUGCGGAGCGAGAGGGCGGCGUUUCGCUGCCAUCUUCUCUGUCAGGGGAAGCUGCUCAUCUCCGAUGGCGUCAUCGACUUCCAUAAAGAUCACUUUGGCUUUCCCUAUGGGACGGCUGACAUCAUGUGUCCCCUUCCUCCGGGCUGUGAGACGCCAACUAAUAUCAGUCUCACCUCAGCUGGAUCCAAACCUGAAGAACUGGAUCAUCUUGACCUAGAAUUUCUGGAGAUCCAGAACCAGAAGACAGAGACGGACACUUUUCAGUACAAAUUCACCGUCUGUUUCACCACCAUGUACGAGUUCACCAACGUCCUGCAGCUGGUGCAGAGUCUGGAGAUGCUUCAGCUGCUGGGAGUGAACCGAGUUGUGUUGUACAAGACCAGCUGCAGCGCUGAUGUCCAACGUGUUCUGGACUCCUACACAGAAAACGGUUUAGUUGAGGUGAUCCCUUGGUCUCUAUCAAAGUAUCUGACCGUAUCUCGAAAAGCGGACCCCAACAAAAGCCCUGGUGACCUCCACUACUUCGGUCAGAUUGCUGCUCUCAAUGACUUCCUGUACAGAUACAGGUACCGGUCCAGAUACGUGGCUCUGCACGAUGUGGACGAGCUCAUCCUGCCUCAGUCUGUCGACAGAUGGUUGGAGUUGUUGCCUCUGUUGGAGAAGACUCUCGGUGCUGACAAGUGUUACCAGUUUGAGAACAACUGGUUUCCCAUUGAGUUUGAGCUGCCUCCUCCAAUGAGCCAGACUCUGCCCCGACAGGACCAGUGGAAGAACAUUUCAGGUGUGAACAUCCUGACUCACCUGUACCGAGAGCCAUCAACCACCACGUUCAACAACUUCAAGAUCAUCGUAGACCCCCGAGCUGUGUUCAGGCUGACCGUCCACGGGGUGUUGCAAUCCAUAAAAGGCUGCGCCUGGGUCGACAGGAACGUGGCUCGCAUGUACCACAUCAAAUCUCGAGCAGAAGUCAACCCCAAUCCGGAGAGGCUGAUUUAUGACGGUCGACUGUUGGACUACAGCACACGCCUUAUACCAGCAGUCGACAGAAAGCUGAGACGGAGUGGCUUUUUACCUGGAAACAGCACAAAUUAUACUUAAAAUGUGUGUUUCUGCUGUGUGUGUGUGCGUACGUUUGUGUGUGCACACCCAUACGUAUGUGGUAUGUGCACGUGUGUAUACAUGUGUGCGGGCAUGCGUGUGCCUGUGUGUGUGUGUGUGUGUGUGUGUGUGUGUGCGUGCGUGUGCGUGUGUCUGGAUGUGUUUGGGAGUGCCUGGUGUGUGUCAGGGUGGGGGUGGGGGG